AUGGCCACGGCAAUGGGGAAACGCCUUGAGGGCAAAACCAUUGUGAUUACGGGCGCAUCCUCCGGUAUUGGAAAAAGCACGGCAAAGGAAUUUGCAAGAACAUCGCCGAAGAACCUCAAAUUGAUUGUUACCGCCCGACGGAUUGACUCAUUGAAGCAACUCGCACAGGAGAUCAAGGAGGAAGUUGGUGAUGGUGUUAAGGUCUUCCCAGUCCAGCUAGAUGUUAGCAACCCCGAGCAAAUCAACAACUUUGUGCCGUCCUUGCCAGCUGAAUUUCGGGAGAUUGAUAUAUUGGUUAAUAAUGCCGGACUCGUCAAAGGUGUCGCCAAAGCCCCUGAAAUCGACCCAAAAGAUAUAGAUAUUAUGUUUUCCACAAACGUCACUGGCCUCAUAAAUAUGACCCAGGCAAUCCUACCUAUCUUCAAAAAGAGAGAUGAAGGAGGUCGUGGCGAUAUUAUUAACAUUGGAAGCGUUGCUGGAAGAGUACCAUAUCCUGGUGGCAGCAUAUACUGCGCAAGCAAGGCUGCAGUUCGAAGCUUCACGGAUGCCUUGAGAAAGGAGCUAAUUACAACGAGAAUUCGGGUUAUUGAGAUUGACCCCGGCCAGGUGGAGACGGAGUUCUCCCUUGUUCGGUUCUAUGGAGACAAGGCCAAAGCCGAUGCCGUAUAUGCUGGCUGUGAACCUCUCACGGGCGACGACAUCGCCGAAAUUGUUGUCUUUGCUGCUGGCCGUAGAGAGAACGUCGUUAUUGCGGAUACCCUAAUAUUCCCUCAGCAUCAGGGUUCACCCACAGAUCUCUACAAAAAAUCACCAUGA